CAACCCUCGACACUCACCUCCUGUUUGCAAUUAGCGCCACACGUCAUUUGAUUAGUUUGCCAUUAUAAGCAAAUAAUGCGACCCUGAACAGUUUUCGGAGCUGUUGUUGGUGUGCCCCCUCCCCUCUCAGCUUGGACUGCUCCAUUUCGCAUCUGAAAAAAUCUCAUAGUUGGAGAAGAGUUCUUCAUGUCAGGGACUGCUGUAGCCUCAGCACAUAGAGUACUGUAGCUCCUGGAUCGCCUAAGACAAGCAAAUGGACGAGAAAGAGCUGAGUGAUCCCCUGAAUAAUGUAUCACUCAUUAAAGAUGACAUAACCAGGUCAAACAUGGGGUCCAGUGGUGACUCAGAGAAGAUUAUCCAGCGCUUGAAUGAUGAACUUCGAGAAGCCCAGGAGUUAGCUAAUACUGAGAAGCACAAAUGCACAGAGCUACAAGGUAUCCUGGCAGGGGAGAGGAAAGAAAAUAAACAACAAGCUGAUGAAUCUGCCAAACAGAUCAAGCUUCUUCAAGGCCAGCUGCGGCAGCUCCAAGAUGAAAUGGGCGUCCUCAGAGAGCAGAUAGACGUCUCCUCCAGUUCACGCGACGAGCUGCAAAGUGCACGUGACGAGGUGAAGGCACUGAAACGUGCCCUGGACGCAGCCACUGCCGAGCGGGACCGUGACGUCAACGCCAUCCAGACCAACCUAUCCACCGUCUCAAAGGAUCUGGACAAAUGGCGUCAGACUGCCAACAAAUAUGAGCGUGAGAUUGACAACCUGCAGCGUGACCUUCAACAGCAGAGCAAGCAGUGGCAGAAAACUGCAGAAAUACAAGCCGGUGAGCUGCAGUCCAUGCAGGUGGAGUGUAACGGCCUUCAGAAGGAGUGUUCUGUCCUGCGAUCGGAAAAACAGGAGACUGUCAAUAAGCACCAGAGGGAAAGAAGCAGUCUGCAAACAGAGUGCGAGUCCCUCCGGGCCGAGAAGGAGGAACUCCUCAAGAAUUACCAGAAAGAGAAGGGCAACCUGCAGAGCGAAUGUGCAGCACUGCGCUCUGAGAAAGAGGCUGUGCUGCAGAAUCAGAAGCAGCUGGAGAAGGACCUUGCCAGUUCGCGUGCCCAGAAUACUGAGCUGAGCAAUAGCCUCAAAACUCUGGAGAGAUCCCAGCAGGAGUUGGAGAAGAGGCUGGCCGACCUGCAGCUCCAGCACCAGCAGGAUAGCACCAAGCUGCAAACCCAGCUGGAAGAAGCAGACAGUCACAGCAAGACUCUGCAGAGAGAAUAUGAGGAGACUAAGACGGAGCUGUCAGACCUGAAGGACAAAUACGAGAAGACCGAGCAGGAAAAACAGUCGCUUACAGACGAACUGGAGGAGUGCAAAGCCAACAUGAAGGAAAUGCAGGAGAAGGGAACAAAGACAUCCCUAUUGCUGCCUGUUCAAGCCAUAGUCAUCGGCCUUAUCCUGGCUUUGCUGUAUUGGUGCUUCGGCGCAUUGUGGUAGUAAGAAGCCGUGGAUGAUCUGGGGGCCGGUGGUUGCUGUGGCUCUAACAGCUGUGACUGCUGCUGCGCUCUUCAAGGCCUGAGGGCAACGUGCUCAAACACACACACACACAUACAGAAACAAACACGGAUUUCUCCACACUUGCCCCCCUUCAUCAUAUCUGCACUAUUAAUUAGGAGGGCUCAUACUUAACACUGUUUAAUUUUUAAGAUGUUCUAUUUUAGAUGACAGAGAGGUUAAUAAAAGAAUGUCAGUUUUGUGUGCAAAUGAAUAAGUUUGUAUGUUUUAUUAUUUGAAGGAAUCUAGUUGGGUUGUGUUACUGUUUACUAUCGUGACUAGGAUUAAUGAAUGUAAAAGAUACUCUACACGUUUAAUUCAUUCUAAAUAUAUAUGAUGAUAUUUUAGAUGGAUCACCUGGAGUUUGAACUUCCCUAAAAUGUAACAAGUCUCUGUAACUGUCAGAAUAAUAAAUACUGUCACAAUAAUGCAGCCCCUGAUCGAGUGCAUGAUGAAUGGCCCGCAUAACAUGACAAUAGUAUCUAGAGUACUGAAUUUAUUUAUUUAGUCAUUUUCCUCGACUGUCCCUGCAGCAAAGCUUGGUUGUUGUCAGAGAGCAAAAUGUUAUUUUUUUUUUAUUAUUAUGCAGAAGGCGUGCAAACACAACAGUGUUUAUUCAAAAAGCACAGUAAACCUUAAACACACCUGGCUGAUACUAAAUCAA